ACUGAAAAUAAGUCCUUUUGGAGACAUAUCCCAAAUAUGGCCCAGGAUUCCCUUGCCGUCAGGCAGAAAUGAGGGUUGGAUCAUCCCCACAUUUGCGGAAAGUGUUUUCUACAUCUCGAUGUCUCUUGAAGUACACUCCACAGGCUUCCUUUCUGACUAAGAAUGAAUGUUCACCAGGGCAGUGAUGGCGACUGGUUAUUGCAGCCAGAGCUCAGCUUCCUAGGAGAUGAGACCUUAGCUGCCACUCAAGAGAAAGAAAGCAGCAGCUUGGUGUCCUCUGGUCUUCCUAGUCUCACUUAUCCCCUAGCUGCCAGGAAUGAAGACUUUGCACUUGACUCAGCCCCUCAGCCAGCCGCAAGCCUUCAGCAUCCUCACAUAAUGCCACUUCCUGAAGACAACAAGGGCUCCUGCUUCCAGAGUGGGAGCAGGCGGAGCCGAGAGCCCUUCCUUGUUCCAGAGAGGUCUGGAAGUGGUGGCUUAGGCUUUGGAGGUAGCUCUCAGGCCCCAGAGAAAGUGACACUUCUUGUGGACGGCACCCGUUUUGUGGUAAAUCCUCAAAUUUUCACUGCUCAUCCGGAUACCAUGUUGGGAAGGAUGUUUGGGCCAGGAAGAGAAUACAACUUCACACGGCCCAAUGAAAAGGGAGAGUACGAGAUCGCAGAAGGGAUCAGCGCCACUGUGUUCCGCACAGUUCUGGAUUAUUACAAAACUGGCAUCAUCAACUGUCCAGAUGGCAUCUCCAUCCCAGAUCUCAGGGACACCUGCGACUAUCUCUGCAUUAACUUUGACUUCAACACUAUCCGGUGUCAGGAUCUGAGUGCUCUACUGCACGAGCUGUCCAACGAUGGUGCCCACAAGCAGUUUGACCACUACCUCGAGGAACUGAUUCUGCCCAUCAUGGUGGGCUGUGCCAAGAAAGGCGAGCGAGAGUGUCACAUCGUUGUGCUGACAGACGAGGACUCCGUGGACUGGGAUGAAGACCACCCCCCACCCAUGGGGGAAGAGUAUUCCCAAAUUCUUUACAGCUCCAAGCUCUACAGAUUCUUCAAAUACAUCGAGAAUCGAGAUGUUGCUAAAACUGUGCUGAAAGAGCGAGGCCUGAAGAACAUUCGAAUUGGAAUUGAAGGUUACCCGACCUGUAAAGAAAAGAUCAAGAGGAGGCCUGGUGGGCGGUCUGAAGUUAUCUACAAUUAUGUGCAGCGCCCUUUUAUCCAGAUGUCCUGGGAAAAGGAGGAAGGAAAGAGUCGCCAUGUGGAUUUCCAGUGUGUCCGCAGCAAAUCCCUCACUAAUCUGGUGGCCGCUGGAGAGGACGUCUUGGAAGACCAGGAGAUAAUGAUGCAUCACCCGCCUCAGGUGGACGAGCUCGACCGGCUAAACGCGCCGCUUGCUCAGAUGGCUCCGAAUGACUUUCAAGAUUAGGAACAGACGGCAUCUGCCCAUUGCUGGAGCUCUCUCUGUGGGUACCCCCAGCCAGGCCUCCCUGCCCUCUGGUUUCUCACCCUUAGGAGAUGCUUCCUCCUGUCUCCUUCCCCCCGAGUCAUGACUGUGCCCUUUUCUGGGCCCGCCUCUGACUGGGUGAAGAAGCUCUCUGGAAAUCAGGCAGUCGGCUUUACCAGCCCUGGCAAAGAAACCGUUUGGGUCUGGUGCUCCGUUGAAUCUCUGCACAACUGAGGGAGAGGACGUGGGCGGGGCCUCACAUCUGCACAGCAGCCUACUCUCCAUCUGUGGGUGGCUUCGCAUCAGAUAGAGCUCUCAAUAGCAAAGGACCAAACGUCAGAGGAGACAGCCGGGGUGGUGUGCCCACCUGUGUGGGCUGUGUACCAGGGUGGGUGAAAGGCGGUGCCUGGGCACUGCACCCAGAUGCCAUCUGGAUAGAAUGUGUGAAAGGAAUUCCCAAGAGCAUCAGCUCAGUGCUGCUUUUCACUAACACAGGAGCAAACUGACCCACAAGACAGGGUCUACGGCUGGAAGAGCAGUGACCCAGGGCUGUGCCUGUGCAGCCUGAUGCUUCAUUUGGAAGUGAAACUUGCAAAUGAGGUGACAGAAUGGCUCCAGAUUGGGCCAGCCGGACCCUCUUCUGGCAGGAAGCCAAGUACCUGUCCCCAGAGACAGCGCGUGACUGUGGGUGUGGUAGGAGACUGAUACCUUGAGGAUUUGCUUGCCAUCCUUUGAGCUCCAGGGGGGAGGGCAUCUGGUGAGCUGGGCAGGUGCUGCCCCAGGGCUCUCACACCAGUAUGCUCACUUUUUAAAAAAAACAGAACAAAAAACCACAGGCCAUUAGCAACCGGAACACAGUAAGAAGGUGAUACUCUGUGGUCAUCCCCCAAAUCAGGUCAGGCCUUGUUUAGUUUAUCUGUCCAUGCUUCCCUGUGUGGAAGAUGGCCGUCCAGGUCAUUCCCCAGUCCUUCCUCUGACAUUUCCAUGGUCGUUUGCAGAGUCAAGCCAGACAGCAGUGUCUGCGGUUAUCUUUCUUCCUGGUAGAAGGUGACCUUUGAACCUGUCCUCCACCCUGGGCAUUUCCCAGCAUAGGUGGUCAUAAGCUGUCUCCUUCAAGCUCCCUAGAGAUCACCUUUGGCUUCCAGAAGGCCCUGUAUAGCGCACUGCUUGACGGCAAUAGAAUCAGGUUUGGAAGCGCUCUCCAGUGUUGAAGAACACGUGUGCUUCAGUGUCCUGUGCUUGUGGCAUCACGGUGGGAGAUGGUGUGAGAUCUUCCUUGCUCAGAAAAGAACUGAAGGGUAACUAAGCGGCUCCAGUUUGUGCAGUGACAUUGGCGUCUUGGCGAGGCGGCAUCCAGAAUGAGCUCAGGUUAUGCGCAUCCAGAGGUCACCUGUGAAGCUGCUUGGCUCGGGUCGAGGCCAGGUCUGGUGACUUUGUUGGUGCUACACGGUUGCAGCUGUCCAGCCCAGGGUCAGUGGUGCCUCCUGUUUCUCAAUGGCCACUGUGUGUGUGCUGUGUGUAAUGUCAGAUGUGAGCACAAUCCUUUGUGUGUCCUUUGUAGUUGGUUCACUGGCUUUGGCUUUUUUUUUUUUUUUUUUUUUGGUUCUUUUUUUCGGAGCUGGGGACCGAACCCAGGGCCUUGCGCUUCCUAGGCAAGCGCUCUACCACUGAGCUAAAUCCCCAGCCCCAGGCUUUGGCCUUUUAUGACCUAGGUCUUAACCCCGAAACACUCCGGUCAUGGGGUUUGACUAGGAGGCAGUCUAAAGACCGCUCCAGUGACACUGGAUGGGGGGGACUGAAGGAAAGGCUUGGGACAUGGGCUCUUGUGUAGAGGGAAGCUUUGUGUGCUCUCAGCCCCACCCUUACCUUUCAGUGUCGUUUGGUGUCUUGCCUACUGUUCUCAGUGUUGGGACAUUUUUUCUUUUUUCCUUUUUUUGGGGGGGAGGGGAGGGAAGGGUGGGUCAAAACAAGGUUUCUCUGUGUAGCCCUGACUGUCCUGAACUUACUCUGUAGACCAGGCUGGCCAGACCUCAAACUCGAGAUCCACCUGCCUCUGUCUCCAGAGUGCUAGGAUUAAAGGUGUGAGCCACCAUUGCCUGGCCCCAAAUUGGGACAUUGUUUAAUGGUGGGACCUUGCAGGACCAAGGGCUGGGUUACAGUUGUCUUUGGAGUUGAUUACUAACUGUGACAGAGAGGAUUUUUCUCAUAAAAAGAUUUUGGGCUCAGUGUCUUUUGUAAGUGCCUAGAUAUGUAAGCUGGCUGUGCACAGAAAGUCUUAUGAGAACGGUGACAUUAAACCUCAGAGUCUGAGAAUCUUACAAGAUAAAAGAUAAGGCUGAGCCUGAGGUCGGACCUGCUUGCUGUUGCAGUCUGUGGAGCUGAUAGGGAACGCCUGCACCAGGAGUUGGUGAACGGGGCACAGUGUUAGAAUGUAACGGAUGGGGGUGAUGGCAAAAUUUGAGGAAGAUAGGAGGGAAGUGGGUAACCCAGUCAUUUAACCAGCGCCUCAGGAGAUGCUGUGUAAUGUCUGAUGUGUACAGGCCCGAGUGCUCUUCAGGAAAUCCAGGAAGGGGCAUCUUCUCGGAGUCAGAGAAUGUGCCUUAGGGAAAUAAAUGUUCCGAGCACAGGCUUCAACUCAAGUGGAGAGUUUUAGUGUUGGCCAUCAGCGACUUCUGAGGUCAGUGCAACGAGCUCAGGAGGAUACUGCUGCCCUUUUAGGAGGCAGAGCCACUCCAGUGUCUGCUGAUGGACUUCUAAUCUGGAGAAUUAUAUUCUCCCCUAAGGGCAAUGUGUGGAUUUUGCCUCUUACAUUUUAUUUACUUUGGAAGUUGCACUUGUUCACCUACCAGUGUUUACGGAAUCCUGUGUAUGGGAUGCUUUUUCUAUAAUAAAGUAUUUUUAUUUGUG